AUGCUCGAAAGCCCUCUGUUUAGACAACUUUUGAUGAUUCAGCAGUCAGUGAAAGAACUGAACAGGAAACUUACACAUUCACCACCAGAUUCAGUAAAGGAUUUUGACUUCUCUCCCACAGGAGAGCUUGUAUUUCCACACCAUUCUGUAUCAGACAGCGAAGAGGUGGCAGUUAUAAAUGCACCACCUUCUACAGCAGGCGUGUUCAAUCAAGAACCCAAUCACUACGAAUCAGUUACAAGGGAUGAUCAUUCAGAGGAUUGGCUGAAUGCAUCAUCAUCAUACCAUUAUACAUCCACUGACCCUGCCGUUGAAGCAGACUAUGAUUUAACCAUUGACAAUCGAGAUCAAGUCAUGGCAGAGCUUAAGAAGUCCAAAUUUGCCAAAAGUGAAGACUUUCAAAAAGGGAUAGAAACGCUGGCACAGGGUCGAGAAAUUGAAACAGUGAAGUUGAUGAAACCAGAUCAAGGUGGUUUGGGUUUCAGUGUUGUAGGACUGAAGAGUGAAAAUCGAGGAGAGUUGGGCAUCUUUAUUCAAGAGAUACAGCCUGAUGGUGUUGCAGGAAGGUAAAUCUCUUUAACCCUUUCCACCCUAAGAUCAAAAUGCAUAUUCUUCAUACUAUUCUCCAUAUAUUUCUUAAGGUGCUGACAAGGAGAAUUUGUUGAAUAAUCGAGAGCUUUCUUAUUUGGUGAUCAUAUACUUUCUUCUCGUAAUCUGAGUUAAAACGGGUGGUCUAUAUGGUUAGAUUUGUUUAAAGGUUUAUGAAAACCCUAAUAAAGAUCAGGGUCGCUCUAUAACUAGCUAAACUAAAUACUCUUGAUCAAUAAAUGAAUUAUUUUAUGGCCAAGAGUACAAGUGUAUUGUAUAUGAAAAAAUUCACAAAACUCUUGGCUGUGUAAAGUGCUGGAAACCAUUCUUUGUUUAAAAAAAAAUAAAACUACAGUUUCCUUUGAACUAUACAUAUAGCUGAAACUAGUAACUACAUAAAGCAUUGUCUUGUUCUGCCAGUUAAAAUUGGCUUGCCUCGCCUAUUUGGCAGUCAAUAACAUUACAGGAUGGAUGAUGGAUGUUUAUUUGGACCCAAUUCAUUGACCAGCUCCCAGUUGGCUUGUUAGCCCAAUUGGUAGAGCGCUGCACCAGUAUCGCAGAGGUCAUGGGUUCAAAUCCCGUACGGGCCUGAAUUUUUUUCAGGUCCUAUUUACAACUACUCGUUUCAGUAGUGUUCUUAGCUGCGAGGAUCUCUUAAUUUCACUACAAGAUUCAUUGUAUUGUAUUUGAGGAACCAGUAAUAUUAGAAGUGCAUGCACAUUAACAUAGGAAAACAGGUUUAAAUAUAAUUAUAUAAAUUUAUAUACACGUACAUGCUGUAAACAGGUAGUAGAAUUCAUACUUUACUUUCAUUCUCAGGGAUGGAAGGUUGCAAGAAAGUGACCAGAUUCUUGCCAUAGAUGGCAAACAGCUCGACAGUGGAAUGACUCAUCAGCAGGCUAUUGGAGUUUUGCAGCAAACUAGUGGUGAAGUUGAACUGAUUGUUGCUAGAGGUGGAAUUCCACGCUCAAGGAAUCUGUCACGCACUACUUCUGGAGCAAGUUCAGCAUUGUCACGGACGCCUUCAGAUGUCAGUACUGUUUCACAUACAUCUGUGACAGUACCUGUAAGUAAACCACAGAAUAUUAUUACUCUAUUGAUACACUUAUUCAAAGAUUGAUAGCAUUUAUUUAUUUUAAGUGUAUGUUGGACAUGACACAGGACCUUGAAAUUGUCAAGUAUUUAUGCAUACAGUAGUUUUGACAUUUGCUAAUCCUAGCAGUAUCAGUGCUCUCCUAGGGUGUUUUAGUUUCCAACCAUGAAAAAAUCUAGCUAGCAAGCAAAGGGUCAAGAUGUAUUUUACAUCAAGACAGGUGUUUUACUUCCUUGUCUGAUGGUGCUUUGGAAAUGGGAAGACUGCAAAAACACAUGCAUGCUUCUGGAGAGCACUAAGUAUGCGAGACACCUGUCAUGCAUGUAAAUUUUAUUUCAGCCUAGUAAUGGCCUGCAGUGGCUCACUAACCAUUAACCCCCAAGAUCUGAUUGUUAAUUCUCCCCUCUUGGUACUUAACAUUUCCUUGUUAAUUGGUCAUGAGAAUAUGUGGCUAGAUCAAGAUACAUGUAACAUCUACCUGUUAAGUUAGGGGGUAUUCUCAUCACUUGUUUUUUGGAUAAUAUAUAGACAUUACAGGGAGAGGUAACAUGUUGAUCACUUUUGGGGGUGAAAAGGUUACUGAGUUUAUGGUACCUCAAAGACCAAUGUGGGAUUAGAAGCUCUGAGUUUCAAUUUUCAUAGGGCCUCAUGCUUGUGACCAAAAUAUAAAAUUACAGCUCUUUUUAUCUAUAAUGCCUUUUUCCUUUUUAGGCUGGGGAUGGAGAGAACUUGCGACACAUUGAAACUGUUGAGCUCCACAAUGACGGGUCAGGUCUGGGGUUUGGUAUUGUGGGUGGAAGGAGUACAGGUGUUAUUGUGAAGACCAUCCUUCCUAGAGGUGUUGCCGAUAGGGUAUGUACUUGUAUAUACUAAUGAGGGUGAUGGAAAGUUUAAUUGCUGCAUUAGGCACAAUGCAAGGUGAAAUGAUUUUUAUCAUGCAACCUAGAAAAGGUAGGAAGCUUCAAGUUGUGUGAAAAACUAAUUGAUGUAUUGCAAUAAUUUCAUUGUUUUCUUGCCUGGAAAGGCUGGAAACUACACUCUAUAUUCUUGAUCCCCAAAAUUCUCAAGUAUCAAGGAUCAAGUUUUGAGGAACUGUCAACUUACACUAUACAUGUACCUUUGAGUGGUGUUGUACAUAUACAGGAUACUACAAGAAUCAACAAACAUUAGAAUUGGCCUUUCCCUUUCCUUUUUUUGCCGACCCAACCAAGUUCAUCUGUAUUAUUUUGAGUCAUUUGUCUUUCUUUUGUGAGCAGACGUAAGAAUGACAAAACAAGGUGCAAGCUAGUUACAGAGUACAUCUCUGUGCUGGGUACUUUUGUUGUUGCCAUCUUUGAUUUCAGUUGACACUAGUCUUCUUUAUUUUCUUGUUAACAAUUUAGGAUGGGAGAUUGCGCAGUGGUGAUCACAUUCUUCAAAUUGGAGAAGUAAAUGUUGGCGGUAUGGGAAGUGAACAGGUCGCCCAGGUUUUACGUAAAGUUGGACAGCAUGUGAAACUUGUUAUUGCUAGACUGGUAACUGAUGAAUCCAAUAUUGAUGCUUCCUCCACAGUAGAGGUAAGAAUUAUAACAAUUGCAGAGAUACAAAUUGACAAAUGGUAGCCUGUUGGUUACCCCUUCCACUCCCAAGAAUGACCAAAGAGGAAUUUCUCACCAAAGUAUUCGUACAUUUUCAAGCAAGAGAGUGACAAGAAGGAAGCAAAAUGUCAACAAGGGGAUAUUAUUUCAUGUGACACUAUGGCAGAGGAUGCAGAGAAUUGAUAAAUUUUGAUAGUGAGAAAUGAUCCUCUGUAGACCUUCAGGUACUCUUGCCUUAAUGAUCUCAUAGACAUAAAAAAAUUUUAAUUCCUUAUGUCUACAAAUUGAGCAUUUUGAUGUUUUAAAUUGUAUAGGAAGGCAAAGAUGUGGAAGCGUUUGAUGUUGAACUGGUAAAGGACAGCAGAGGCCUGGGAAUAACCAUUGCUGGAUAUGUCGAGCAGUCGUCAGGUAAGUUUGUGUGAUGUAUGUUGCCAUGGUGACCAUCUCUGAACUCCUGAUUUUUUUAUUAUUAACUUUUAUUUUAAUUGAUAUUUAUACCUUUAGCGGAAUUGUCAGGAAUUUUUGUAAAAAGUAUUGCAGAAGGAAGCACUGCUGCUGUCGAUGGAAGGUUAAGGAUUAACGACCAAAUCAUUGAGGUAUGAUACUAGUGCCAGCCAUAAUGUUUAUAGGCUUCAUUUAUAGAGUGUAACUCUUGUCCAUGGUAGAAACACUGAAAAAACCUGUGGCCUCAUUCAAUUAUCUCAAGCAAAAGUUUCAAGUGAAGAGGGGGUAGGGGUUUUGUAUGGGGAGUAACUACAGCCUCCACGGCAUCUGCUCCACCUAGCUAUGAGAGACCCUUCCUUAUUAACUGCUGCUCAUCGCUAAGUGCUGUUCCUUGUCAAAUUCCCGUGCAGGUUGAUGACGUUAGUCUGCAUGGUAAAAAUAACCAACAAGCUGUGGAAAUUCUGAAACAAACUGGACCAGUUGUUCGACUGAAGGUAGCUCGGCAUGUCAAGCACCGCCUCAGUAGACAACAGACUCCCGUUGGUAAGUUACAUUGUACAUAAUUAUCACUGUGCAUUUUUUUUAACAUUGGUCUAAAGAUAAUUUAUUUCUACUAUUAAGUAAUUGAAUAAUUAAAUGGUACCUAUGUCUUACACAGAUGAGUAUCAUCCAACUACAUCACUAAGUGCCCAGUCUAGUGCAAGUCUAGCAGAGUCUUCAGUGAAGCGCCUGAAUUCGGCUGCUUCUGAAGGAAAGCAUCAUACUGGUAAGUUAAUCAAAUUCACAGAUGUGUUAUGUUUGUGUUUAUGUUUAUUUGUUUGUUUUUUGGGGGUGAUUUAGUGUUAUUAAAUGAGUUUAUAAAUGUAAAUUGGCUACCAUUAAGAAAAUUCAGUCAAACCUUUACAAACCCUUUAAUUCCCAUGAGUGACCAAGACUGAAUUUCUCCUUACGACAUCAACACAAUAUCAACCAGAUAAGUGAUGAGAAUAAAGAAAAAUAUCAAUUUGGGGAUAAUUACUUGAUCCAAUACUAAAUUCUCUAAAUUAAUAUUAUUGAUAAGAAUUGUAUGGUUGACAGUAACAAGAAUUACAAAUUCUGGCAGUUAAAGGGUUAAGCAGCAUUUUUUUAAGUUGUUGGUUUUCAAAGUCCUGAAGUUUUUACCCCUUAAUUACUUUAAUAUCACCUUUAUAAAGCAGUCACCUCUAUUAAGUGGUCAUGGUCACCCUUAAUCCUUUAACUCUCAGAGGUGAUUCACUCUAACCCUCAGAGGUGAUUCACAUUUGGGAGUAAAGAUCUUGGGAGUUAAAGGUUAACUGAGUUUGAGCAGCCUGAAACCGUAAAUUAAGAUCCAGUCAAACUGUGUAUUUCUCUAUAAUGGGCUCAUUGUAAACAGUCAAACAUGCCAUUCUCAUGUGUCUGAGUGUCUGACUGCUUGAUACAAGCUUCACUGUAUGGGCUACUUUUUCUCAACAAAAUUAAUCCAGUACUAUACUUUAACCAACCACCAGCUGGUGAUCCAUUUUCUUCCUGUGCUUCAGUCAGUUUGUUUACUUUUGCUUUGUGGUCUCAUUGGCUUCCUGUGAUAGAUCCUUGUUUUGAUUUUUGAUGUGAAUGGCAUUAUAAUUACUUUGUUUUGGUUUUACAACACUCAGAUAGGCCAUUUUACAGUUGUGCACUUGAUGUAGUUGCCAAGCCUUUGGUUUAGGGUAAGGCUGAAGGUGACCUUGUUGUGACAAAGACCAGUAUCUGGUUUGCAUGAUAACAGAGUCAUUUACAUUUCAAAAACACUGAGCAAGGUUUGUAUCAUAAAAAGGUCACCCUUAGCCUCACUCCUGUGAGGCUAAGCACGCAACUGUAAAAUGGACUGUUGCUCGAUGCAGCAACUGACUCUCAAUCUGAAGUUAGAACUCUGUGUAUUGGCGAUCUUUCAAGAGUUUACAUAUAUGUAUCAAUAAACAGACGAAAAGGUAAAUUUAGAAUGUUUGUGUUAACUUUUUCAGAUCCAGAAAAUGUUAAAGAACAUUACAGCCAUUUGGUUGGAGACGGUGUGGAUGUUCUGGUUGCAGAUAUUUCCAAAUUCCACGAAGGAGGCGGCCUGGGGAUCAGUUUAGAAGGAACACAGAAUCCACACGGUAAAAUCUUUUUCGGAAUCAGGUGUAACCUUCUUGGUCCCAAGACUGACCAAAACCGAAUUUAUCCGUACAGCAUUAAUACAUUUUCCAGCAGAAUGAUGAAGAGAAUCUCAAAAAUAUCAGAUAGGGGAUAAUGUUUGACAAUGACUUAAGCAUUAAAUUUUCAGUGCUAAAUUGUUAGAAAUUUAGGAGAGACAAUGUAGAGACUUCACUAUGUGGGACACAAAAUAAGCUUUUGUUCAGAUGUAAGCGUUCCUUUUUGUCCAAAACAAAACUGUCAAAUUAAAAAGAACUUGCUAAAAUUCAGCAACCUCAAUCCUUCGCUCGCCAGUAAUGCAUACUUACGAUUGAAAAUAGACUGGUUGUCUCAACAACGAUAUAUUUUAUGGUGAAGACAAGGGAAAGUUAUUAUUAUUAAAAGACUCAUUUGGUGUUUUUUUAAGAUGGUUCCCUGCCAUGGCACAGAAUCCAUGCUGUUAGUCCUGAGGGACCGGUGGGUCAGAAUGGAAUUGUCAAACCCGGUGAUCAUCUGGUCGAGGUACAGUAUGGUGUAAAGUUGCUUGUACUAAAGCUUGCUGGGUAAUUUACAUUAAGCAAAGAAGAUUCGUUUGGACGAGUAAAUUAGGAACAGAUGUUUGGUUGUGUUCUUGACAUGAAUAUUGCCUGUCAAGAGCAGGGCUCCUGAGUAGCUCGUCUUUUACAGCUUCCAUUGCGCGAAUGCUAAGAACAGUGAAAAAGAAAUAUUUCAGCGCCAUGAACUUUGUUCCUAGUCAAUCUUGAAUUAAAAGCGUGAAUUAGCUUAACACAUUUAUUCCUACACUAGAAUUAUAAUAAGUGAUACGCUUAAAGAAAAACCUUGCAGGUCUAAGUCGACCUUUACUUCUGUUUUCUGAAAGGAGAGCUAUUCUUAGAUUACAUUUGUGUAUGAAACUGCGACGUAAAUUUUUUGCUUAGAUUUAAACGUAGGUAGUGAUAAUUUGCGCACCAUAAGUUGUAUUUCAGUGUUAUUCAUCUGUGUAUGACACUUUUGUGAAAUUUUAAGGUAAAUGGUGUCAGCGUUCUAGAGAUGAACCAUUCUGACGUUGUCACGCUCAUACAAGGAUUGCCCGUGGACUUCCGACUGGUUGUUGCCAGAAAUCGAGAUUCUGCGGACGAGGAAGUCAUCGCAGCAGAGACUGAAAUGGAGGUGGAGAGUCAACCAAAUGAAACUGAAAGAGAAGGUAUAAGAUGGAAAGAGAAUUUGAUAAAGGCAAAUUACAUUGUACGAUUAAAUCGCGGAUCUCGCAUCGCGCCCGCAGCGUAGCCCUAUACGUACAAAAUAUGGUAGUAAUAGAAGUGAUUCUGAGAUGGCAAUGCUUUUUCCUUGUGAUUGGUCCAGAAAACUCGCGUUGCCUCCCUGACUCAACUUAUCAGAUGCAACAUAAAGCCCAGCGUGGUAUGGUCAAUUCAUUUUCCCGCGCGCUCCAGGUAGUUUGCUUGAUUUUUCUUUGGCUUCUCAUUGGCUCAUUUCAACACUUUUCUUGUCUGAGAAGGAGCGACUGUUCUCUUCACAGUCUCAAGUUUUUUCCUCACUCUCGCAUAAUUUUUUGCUCUUCCCUCCAAAAUUGAUUUCUUUGCUUUUGGCAUCACAACCCUCACUCGAAAAGUGGUCUUCGAUGAGAUACUGUUACAUAUAGCCCCGUCGGUUCUCAUCGUAAUGUUUAAUCUUGUUUUACUUUUCAGAUAAUCCUUACGAAGAGAUUGCCAUAACAACUCCUAGUCCCAUGUUGUCAGCCUUGCCUGAUAGCCCCAGUCCCACUGGUCUCAAUGAGUCCGCUAUGUCUCAGCCCAUGUCCAUGUGGUCCGAUGAGAUCGAAUAUGUUGAGCUGGACAAGGAGGACAGAGGACUGGGAUUUAGUAUCCUGGAUUACAAGGUGAGUAAAUUCGCGAAUCGAUAUUCGAGAAUCGCGAAUUGAGAUCCGAGAAUCGAGUUUCGAGAGGCUCGAAAACUUUUCGAGGAUUUCGAUCCGCGGUUUCAAAGAAACGGUUUUAUUCUUGCUCGUAGUGCAGUCGCUAAAGACAAAGUGCUUGACACGCUUUUGAAAAAUAUGAAAGAGCUUACAAAUAGCUGAACUAAUUUAUUAUUUAUAUCAAUACGCGAUGCCUUUUUUUUUUUUUUUUUUCUUUUUUUUUAUUCUCGUAGUCCAGUGUAGUGGUAUUUUCUUUGUGUAAUAGAGUAGUGUAAUGUAAAUUUAUGCAUGUAGAAAUUUGUGAUGUAUCUUGCGUACUUGUAAAAACUGUAAAAACCCAAAAACAAAUAAAAUACAAAAAAAAAAGAGCUUACAAAUACUUUCGUCAAAAAUAUCCCUAGAGGGUUAAAAGUCAUGGUCUUCUGAUUUCGCUGACAACUACUGUAAAGAGUAAUUGUUGGUUUCUAUGUGACAAGCCUCUUCUACACAGUGAGGAUCAAAAGUUUUCGAAGCAUUUUGUGAAAUAAUAAUUGAAAAAGAUCGGCUAAUUUUGAAAUUUUUUGUCAAGUUAACACAGAUGUUGAGCAUUUGUCUCGAUUUAUUUCAAUUUUAGUUUCUUAUAGUUAAGGAAUAUCGACAUAUAAUUGAUACAAAACACUAUUAUCGAAAAUUAACUUUUUGUAGAGUAAACCUAACGUAAUCCUCUGACAAGCGUGUUACCAUUAAUAGGACCCAGUUUCUCCCGAAAAAACAGUGAUUGUAAUUCGGAGUCUGGUACCCGGAGGUGUGGCAGAACAGGAUGGAAGAUUGAAGCCAGUUGAUCGACUGAUGUCUGUCAAUGACACCAAUCUGGAAAAUGCCUCCCUCAGCUAUGCUGUUGAGACACUGAAAGGGGCUCCACAAGGUAUCGUAUUGAUUGGUUUAAGCGCGUCACGGUACCGAACACGCCUCUGCUGUGUUAGCGUUGUGUUUUGUUAUGGCCCCGGUUGACACAAUCCUCUCCCUUUCAGGUAAAGUACGAAUUGGUGUCGCAAGGCCAAUCCCUGUUGAAGAUGAAGAGUAUGAAGAGAUUCCACCAGAAACUGCAAGGUACAUGGGUGAACAGUUACUGGAAAGUAACGCACAAAACGGAAGAGGUAAACUCCGUCUUUUUAAAUGUCCUGUUUUGUACCAUACAAGCAUUUUUUGUCGUAUAAUCGCAUACUAGGAUAUAAUGUCUUCACGUUUACGUGACAGUUUGCUAGUACCCAUUUAUACUCCAUAUAUAAUCAUACCGUAUAAAAUCACCGCUUUAAAGCUUUCAUUUGAACAGUAACACGCUAGGAUUUCAUCGACAGGUGUUAGUAUUAUUACCAUUUUUCCAACAUAAUCAACUCAAAGAUGCAUCACCUCAGUGUCCUGCUCAGAAACUUUUGAAAGAACUGGUAUCCAGUGGAUAGCGCAGCGCUUUUUGCUCACACUUAUCUGGUGGAUAGCGAUUAAUCCGUCUGAUAACGUUAUACCCCUUUGAAGAACUGGGCCGUGAUCGUUAGCUUUACUUGAAAGGUUACAGACGAGAGUUAUAUGUAAAGACGUCUUAGUAAAGCAGUCGUUAAUCCGUUCUUUUCUCUUGCGACUCCUUCAGACAAUCAUACUGCUUUAAUGGGUGACAUCGAAGUCGAAAAAGAGAGUGACAAUGAAUUGAGUGACAGCGGAAGUGAACGUUCAUCCAAGUUUGACUUCGGUCCGCCAUUGUUGUUCUCAGGAGAUUCUAUCGAUAUGGACAGUUUGCCAGAGAAUAUCAAAUCUAGAAUGGAGACCAUAACCAUUCGAAGGCAGAUGGUUGGAAAAUUGGGUAAGUUGAAUGAUAUUGCAAGUGCUCAUAGCUGAUUGUUAGAAAGCGCUUUUCGGCUUUGUGUCGUAAAACUAAAACGAGGGUUAUUCCCACGGCCAAUCAGAGCAAAGGAGAUUUUUACAAUGAGCCAAUGAGAAAUUAGAAAAAGGAAAAAGUAAAGACGAAUGGGUUUGAGCGCGGGAAAAUGCGCGUGAUUAGUUCGCGGUUGGUUUUAAUUUUGCUUCUGAUUGGUUGAGGGAUUGACGUUCGUUUUUAUGAACCAAUGACAGAGCGCUCUGAGACAAAACCAAUGCAAUGCCGAGUUACUACAUCUGAGACUGCUCUGUUGUGGUGGCAGUGCUCUACUCACACACUUUUUCCUUCAAUAUUUCCAGCGUGCGAACAAUCUCGUUUGUAAAUACGGUUACACGUUUGAUUACCUCGACAGGGAACUUUGUUUCCGAAGGUGAGCUUCUCGUUGACUUUCUCUUUUGUCUUUCUUCCUUUUUUCUUCUGCCAGGUCUUACUCUGAAGGGAGACGAGGAUGGCUGUGGUUGUGUUGUCAAGUCAGUUUUGAGGGGAGGUGCUGUUGGACUGGACGGACGGAUUGGGGUCGGGGAUCAUCUUGUUGCUGUCAAUGAUGAAAGCAUGAUUGGACUCUCGGGACACCGAGCCAGGUGCAGUUCUAAAUAAUUGACCUUUGCAGGCACGUGCCCUCUCCCGCUCCAUUCUCCGGCCCUCCUCCUCCCCCCCAAAAAAAAAAAAAAAAAAAAAAAAACGAGGGAUAUUCACUAAUCGAGGGAGGCAACGUCAAUUUCGCAAAUAACAUAUAUCCGGAGAUAAACAACAGUAAUUUCUAGUAGGUUUUAAUUAACUAAGAAUAUCUUUGACCUCAUGUAUGUUUUUGAUCGUUUUAAUGUCCAAUAGGUCUGUUCUCAGGAAGCAAUCUUUGUUGAAGGACAUCGUGUAAGUAAAGAAAUCUGCUGAAGCUUUUCAGACUCAAGUAGACACAUUAAUCCGCGUUGUUUGGUCUUAGCAUUGAGUUCAGGUGAACUGAGCUCAAAAGUAAAAAAGUCGUGUAUGUAUAGUAGACCAGUUAUGGUAAACAGUUUAUGGACCAAUUUUUAAAUUGUGUUAGUGGCAAGUUGAGUUACACGGGUCAUAGCGAAAAAGAUUUACCGAUACGUACGAGGCCCGCAUUGCAAUGGGCCUUUGAGUUCCGUGUGAGUCUAAAAGAAAGGGUCAGAAAUUAUACUGUAAAAUUGACAGAUCAUCAGUUUUAGAUUAAAUGUAGGGUUUAUUUGUUUCUAUAUUUCUUUAUGUAUUAAAAAUUUCUUUUUAAAAUCAUUCUUUCCUUUUUUUUUUCAGGUUCACAUUCAUUCGCAGCGAGAUGACACCUGCACGGGCUAUUCAACAGUCCCCCUCGUCAUUCCUUGAAGACAGUUCUACGUCAUCGGUGCAUUCGUCCCAGUCUUUCGAGGCUGAAGCUGACCGAGAGCAGAAAAGGUGAUUAUGAGAGAAAAGUGUUGAUCAUUUUGUCACGAGCGUGAGACAAGGAAAAUUCCAAGUCCCUUCCCCCAUUCCCCCCUUCCCCCCUCUCCCUCCAAGAGGAUCUAGCUUCGUCGAAGGUGUCCUCUGUGAAGGAAUUGAGAGAGAGUAAAUUUUUGGGCUCGGUCAUCGAUGAAAGAGAUGUUUAACAUGUAUCAUGGUGUGGGAAUUAAAUGAGACUGCCGAAUUUGGACCAAUUUUUCUAUAGAGCCGUUAAGCAGUAGCGUUAGAUCUUGCUUUAGAGGAAAUUUCCGGAGACGGAAGAGAAAAGUGCGAUCAAGCGUGACAAAGCGUGAAUGAUCGUGAUAAAGUAUGACUGAGUAUUAGGACAUCAGAAGAGACACGGCGAAGCGUGAGCAAGCGUGCAUCUGCUUCAGCCUGUCAUUAUUAUUGUAUCACACGUUUGAUACAAGCCGUUUGACGAUUUUUUUAUUCUUGUGAAAAUUUUAGGGACGGUGCCGAAGAGUAUGACAUUCCAGACUCUUUAGAAAACCAGUCUGACCUGCUUCAACCGGUUAAACAACCAAUCUACAACGAACCUGGAGUCCAUGUGGUUGAACUCAACCGAGAACCUGACAGUGGACUGGGGAUAAGCAUCAUUGGUGGUAAAGCUGGCCCACAAGGCCAGGGCCUUAAAGGGAUCUUUAUCAGACACGUACUGGAGUCCAGUCCUGCUGCGCGUUUAGGAACGCUGGUGACUGGUGACCAGAUAUUGGAAGUGAGGGUCUUUCAGUUUGUGUUUCAAAUACUUUUACUGACUUAAAUGCGGUUUAAAUUGAUAGAUAUUUCUGUGUGAUCAGUCAAAGUGACUGUCUACUCUUGUCUACAGGUUGAUGGGCACGAUCUGCGUGACGCCUCGCAUGACGAAGCUGUUGAGAUCAUCAAACGGGCCAAGAAUCCUGUGCGGUUUGUGGUCAAAACAGUGCCAACUUCCGGUUUAAUCCCCCCGCCCAAACCACCACGCAUGCCUGAACUCAGUGGUCUCAACAACGUAAGUAAAGAGUACUUUAUAUAAAAUGACAUUUAGAGUUCAGAGAAACAAAAAGAGUUAUAUCAUUUUACCAUUCGGCGAUGGAUAGUUCUUACCUCUUCUGUGUAGAGUUAUUGACAAAGACUUUAAAAUGUCUAUUUUCUUCCAUGGUUUUUUACGCUAGAAAAGCUUCUUUAAAAUAUACUUUUUUAUUUAUAAAUUAAAUUACUCUAUGCGUUCGUCCUGUGCUAAGGAGUUGAGGAUCGACUGUCACUUCUGAAUUAACGAAUUGUGUGAGUAACAUUUUAUUUUUUAUUUUUUAUUUUUUCCUGCGAUCUUUAAUGGCCAUUGAAGACAAGAGAGCUCAAUACAUUUUUUCGUGCAAUUUUUAAUGCCAAAGACUUCUGUCUGCAGUGUGAAGUACUUUGAAAUGUUGUAGGAAAUAAUUUUAAAAACAGAGCACCAAAACAUCUUAAAAGACUUUUUUUAAAAACCGCUAAAAUUCCCAGGUGUAUGAAUACAAAAUACUUCGCCAACUAUUGUUUCGUAGUCGUGACAGCUCAAACAUUCUUAAUAAUUAAUUAAUUCUUUGUAUUGAUUGCAAUUCAAUUUUCUAAUUGGAGAGUUACGCUUUUCAUUAUAAAUUUCUUAAUGCUGGAGAAGAAAACAAUGCGAUUUUUUGUACGAAUAUCGCCAUUGUUAAUGUUAUCGUGAAUUUCGCAAUGCUGAAUACAAAGGCUAAGCCGCUUAUGAGAUAAAUCUGCUUCCGAUGAGCAUUACAUUCCACAGACUGGAAGGAGUUUUCGCGUGGAAAGCUCGCACUCAGCUUAAGGCUCUGUGCUUCUUGUGUUGGAUAAGCAUUCUUCGUAUCGAUGGAGGAAACGCUGUAUCGAAAACAAUUUCUCUUCGGCGAAGAUUAUCAUCAUUCACGACAAUUUUUUGACAAGACGCGAGGCUCUUAAGAUUUUAGUAGAGAUUAGAAUAAUAUUUCGGAUAGAACACGUAACCGUCGGUUCUUACUGUGAGUUGCAAGGAUAAGCUGGUUUUUAGUGAUUUUCAUUUUUUGGAAAUGCCGUUUCGCUUUCGUAAAUCGAAAGGUUUAACCCUCGCCAGAGGUUACACAUCUAAGGUAACAACAUUUAUGGACAUUUACGUUUAUUAAUGACAUUUCAUUUCAAGGUCGUUUUGUGAAUUGCAUUGUUUUUGUUUGAGAACGCAAGAUUUUCAUGGUUCGUAUUUUUUUAUGUGAAUCUUGCCAAGCUUCAAGGGAACCUUUAAAUCAAUUUUUGUUCUUAAGUUUUGUGUAUAGGAAUUUUUUCUGGCAAAGCAGUUGUUCUGGGUCUGUUGGACAUUGUGUUAAGCAAACAAUGAAAUCGAAAUUUGUACGUUCUGUCCGUUAAACCGUAAGAAAAUAUACCUCACAAAGCCCAGUACGACUUCUGCGUAGAGGCCCUCCUGUCUCUUUUAAAACUAUCUGAGAUUCCGGGGGGGAGGAUGGGAACUGGUUUGCUAAUUAAUACAAUUUCAUGAUUUCAGGCGGAACCCAGUAAUGUGACCGUUACCAGUGCCAGGCCCUCAGCCGAGGCUGCCGAUCUAUCAUCAGACGAGUCGUUGAAGAAAGACAUCCCAAUUCCAACGAAGAAUCUAGCAGCUGAGGAACCAACUGCGAGCGUUGUUCAGGCUGAGGGAGUGAAGGCAGAAAUUGAAAGCAAACUUCUGAACCUGCCGACCAAUUUUAAUAUUGUCAGGAGCAACGAGGACAGGAAAAGUAAGUGAAGCUACCACUUAUAAGAAACAUGCGAAGUGAAGUCGGAAAUAUCCUGGUUGUUAGUUCUUCACAAUUCACUUGCUAUAUUUCGUACCCAGGGCAACUGAAAAUCAAGUACCCGGACGUUACUGGUGACUUUAUUUUUGUAGAUCUGGUUAAAGGGGGAACUGGAUUAGGUAAGUUUAAGAUCGGCGGAUGCAAGUUUAGCAGACACGCGUGUCUGCUCUUUUGUGGUGUUUUUUGACCUCUUUGAAUUCUCACCCAAAGCGUCCGUGGAGCAGGCCAUAUUCUGAGGUUUGUUCAGUUCCCAUUGGAUUUCUCCCUAGUUUAAUGACGAUUGUAACUGGUUCGUUUUUUUUUUUGUUUACUUAUAAGGUCUGAGUAUCGCGGGCGGAAAAGGUGCAGCGGCAAACCGCAUUUUCGUUGUAGAUGUCAAACCAGGCGGGCCGGCGGAGAGAAAUGGAAAAAUUAAACAAGCUGACGAGAUCCUUGAGGUGAAUGAAGUCUCCAUUCGGGGCUUGACUCAUUACGAGGCCUCUACGAUUCUGAAAGUAAGUCAGAGCUUGUUUUUGAAACAUUUAACUUAUCAACCCUUCAUUUUCUCAGUGUCGUAUGCAGACUUUAAUAUUAAGAUUCUAAUUCCUCUUUCUUAUCAACCGACAGAAUACGCCACCUAAAGUCAACCUCGUAUUAGGCAGGUCCCAAGAAGCCGCUGAUUACCUCAGUCGAUCCAGGACACCGCCGGCUCAUGAAUCUCCCCGAGGCCAACAGUGGCCCGAACAGGAAGCAAAACAACUCAAUAUCCACUCCAUCGAGUCAUCUCCGACAACACCGAGGCGCGAGAUCGAAAGUCCACGACGAUCAGAGCCUAGUCCGCACUCGAGUCCUCCGCCGGUUGCAGAGGGUAUUACCGUGUCACCAACCCUUUUACAAGAACUGUCUGGGGGUCAGAAAGUAGAACGCAUUGACUUUGUUAAGGUAUGUCAGUGACGAAUUUCAUUCGUGAGAUUGGCUGAUUGGGAUGGAAAGGUCUUGUGCAGCUGUUAAUUCUCAUGGUAAAGCAUUUGGAUGAGGUGUUAUUUUCUCUUCUUUUUCUCGGUAGAGCCCAACUGGUCUUGGAUUUGCUGUUGUGGAAGGCCCAGGAUUCGGUGGAGGCCAAACAGGGAUUUAUGUCAAGGACAUUACUGACGGAGGACCUGCCCAAAAGGUUCCUAAUCUCUUCUGUGUAGAGACCUUAUGUUGAAUGUUUUGUGAGUCAGGGCCUAUUUAAUGACGUCAUGUUCAUGAGUGGCUUUCUUCUGGCUCUUUCAUUACGGGCUCAGAAGUUUUUAUGUCUUUUGGAGUAGGGGUUAGUGGUAAGUACAUUUUUUAAGGUGUGUUUUGCUUCUUGCCAGGACGGGCGACUGAAAAAAGGAGACCAGUUAAUUGCAGUUGAUAAUCAACCGAUUGUGGGACUUUCUCAUGCUGAGGUAAGCUGUGUAAAAUGCUGUCUGUCAAAGCUUCAGGGAAAAAAUGUAGCCGUAUCAACAAUAACAUCAGAAACAAAAACGAGAGCCCCUAGUUUUACUUCAUGGCUAAGAGGUAUGAGGAUAACGGAGGUUUUUGUAAUUCUCAUAAAGAAUCAAACCUCAAACCUUUGGAUUCCGCGCUCUACCACUGAGCUUCAGAGCACUCAAUGGUGAGCAAGGUCAUUAUUAAGGUCAGCUGUGACGAUAUCUCAUGAAGAUUAUGUGGAGGCAUUACCGUUUGAUUUGACACCAAAAUCUCAAAGCUAAAAAUUUACAAUUUAUAGGGAGAUAGUUAGGAGAAUUGAUAUUGAGAUCUCUCGACAUUCUUGUUGCAGGCCGUUGCCAUAUUGAAGAGAACCAAAGGAAAGGUGUCUCUUGUGGUUGCUAGGAAACAAACUCCACCCGGAGGUUCACCAGGAGCAGAAAAAUCAACUUCCGCCAAUUCAUCACCCAGGAGGGAGACCGGAAGUCCCCGUACACCAAGGAGAGGCCCUCCUGUUGCUACGAAACCAGCCAGGGAUUCAAUGUCAGACAGCAGCAAUCCAGGAAGUCCAAGAAAACAAUGGAGCCUUGAGAGAGUGCCAGCAGAAAUUGUACAGACCGGAAAUGGCCAGAGCGGAAGUCCUGCAGCAUCAAGAAGAGAGCUUGAGCAGUCCCAAGCAUUUGAGCCUGAAGUUCAGGUUGUUCAGCAGUCUCCUAGACAAGCAGCAGGUAGGUUCUUCUACAUUCGUGAACAGCAAACAUCUUGCGAAGAGACUGUCAGGAAGCAAUUUCUACCCAAUCUUCAGCUAGAGAAUCGUGUUUGUGGCUUGUAAAUAGCCAUCUGCUUUUCCUUUUGCUAGUUGGGGCUUUUAAUCCUGUAAAGUUUGGUUUGGCUCAAAUGUUUGUGGCUAUUUGAGUAGAGGGACUGUAAACUACCUGGAGGAGUUACGUGCACUUUCACCUUCUACAGUGUCAUUGGCAUUUUAAUUUUGACAUCUUUGUAAUGACUUUUGUAACACCUAUUGGCUGACUUACUGAUAGACUAAGUAACUCACUGGCCUAUUUCCUUUUUUACGCAGUAGUUACACCAACGUUAAUCUCGUCUCCAAAUCCCCGCACUGCGCCGAUCAUUCCCGGUCAGGAAUGUGUGAUAGAGAUUCCCAAAGGCAACACAGGCCUGGGGCUGAGUAUCGUUGGAGGCGCGGAUACUCUGUUGGUGAGUCAUGCUAGAAGAACAACAUUGUGGUGUUAUGAAGAUUUACAGUGUGCCUUAUUACCACAGGUUUAAAAGUUUAAAGUUUUCUCUCAGGGUGCUAUAGUCAUUCAUGAAGUGUAUGAAGACGGAGCCGCUGCUAAAGAUGGCCGACUUUGGGCUGGAGAUCAGAUCUUAGAAGUAAGAUUGUCGAUCUUUGUAGCUAUGUGUUUCAUUUGUUCUGUAUUUGUUCCAAUAAAAAAGUCGUAGCGUCAGUGAGAGCAGACUAGGAACCCUAAGGAAAAGCUCUAGCCGACGUACUCAUGAAAAGACUGUACGUUCAUAAGUGAGCGCGUAAACGAAACACGCGCGCACAGACGAAAAGAGUUCCUCCUCUUUUUCUAGGCGCGCUCCCGAUUAGUCGAGUUCUAUUUUCACUCCACCUAUUUUGCAGCGUUAAAAACCCGCGGAUUUUCUAGUGAUGAACUAGUUGAAUAAAAAGAGAGAAAGAAGGAGGGAAAUUUUUUAUUGUGAUCUUGCUUGCUUGCUGAGACAUCUUAAUCAACCAGAUUCAAUUUACUCAUAAAUUCUUCCCUUCCUUCGAGCUGUGGUAAGCCUAUCACGUAUGUUGGUUCUGUUGUCACUUUUAGGUCAAUUAUGUGGAUCUGCGAGAAGCCACUCACGAUAUGGCCAUCACAGCGUUGAGACAAACACCUGCUGUCGUUAGAUUGGCUGUUUUAAGGGACGAAUCACAGUUUAAAGAUGAAGGUAUCUUGCACGUUUUCAGCCAUGUCUCUUUAUUUUUUUUAUCAUUUUCCCGAUUUGAACGUGGCUUUAAUAAAUAAGAAAGACCAUUAUGCUCUUUAAUUUUGGAGACAAACUCUAGAUAGUUGAAAAAAUUAAAUCGAUGAAAAACAGGUUAGUUAAGGUAGACAAAAUUAAUUCAUUUUACAAAUGGGUAAAUGUUAUAUGAAAACUAUACAAAAAUUUCUCAGAUCACAACAUUUCCUCUUAAAGAAGUGAUAACCUGAAAAUGUUCUCUCAUUUUUAUGCAAUUUAUGGAUAUCUACUGAUGAGAAGCCUGCUACUGAGGUAUAAAAGCUGCUUUCUGUAUCAUUUUAAUAGCCGCUAUGUUUGUUCUUUCACAGAAGCCUUCGAGUACAUCACGCUCGACUUGAACAAAGUUCCCGGCCAGGGACUAGGUCUGAGUAUCGUGGGAAGAAGGUAGGUUGUACAUUUGCGGUCCUUCUUUGUUUUAUUCUUAGGUAGGUGUUUUUGUAGACCAUUCACAGUGCUUCUCUCCACCUAGGAGUAUGAAUGGGUCCCGAAGCUGAAAUUAUUUUUUUAAAGCGACUCUCUUUUUUCAUUUUUUUUUUUCCUCACAGGAACGACACGGGAGUAUUUGUUUCAGACGUGGUAAGUUGCAAUGUGCAUUGAUUUUGCUUUACCUUUACGAGUGAGUUGCCAGCUUGCCGUUUUAUCGAGAUGUCGUCUUGACCGAAAACCCCCGAAAUCAAACAAAUUUACCCACCGAAGGUGGACGAAACCGUCUGAAAACAGACAAAACUGACCGAAAUAGACAAAACUGACCGAAAUUGGGCGAAACUGACCGAAAUAGAAGGAACUGACCGAAAUUGGACGAAACCAUUCGAAAACAGACGGAAACGUUCGUAAUCAGAAGAGUCUACUGCCUGGUAUCAUUCAUGAAUAUAGGCAGCUGUAAAAUGCAUUCUUCAAAAGAAAAUGAUAUAUCUUUUGCAUAUUCCUUCGCUUAUAGGUAAUUAUAACGAAAACAAUGACAAGACGAUGAUAAAUCUGUGCUUUUCAGAUAUUUCUGACGAGCCAGAUCAGCUUUUGCAACCGUUGACCUUGGUUUUCUUGCCUAGUCUUAUUAAAUGCAGUUUUAUUAACUGAUCCCAACUUUGAUUGACAGGUGAAAGGUGGUAUCGCAGAGGCAGACGGUCGUCUUCAAGCUGGUGACCAGAUCCUCUCGGUCAACGGUGAGGAUCUUAAGAACGCCACUCAGGAUGUAGCAGCGGCUGCGCUCAAGGUAAAACAUGGCUUGUCUGUGGCCAGUGGUCAAUAUAUGACACACUAGCGAAGCUUAAGAGAUUGUUUUUACGCUUACUGUUACUUCUUAGCCAAAUCUGUGGCUGCCAUUUUACAAACCAGCGGAAUAUCGCGGGAAGAAAUAAUUGUCUACGGAGUGUUGGUCGCUGUAGGGAAGGGGAAGGAGAGGAGAUGCGCCCAUCUCCUUGCUCACCCCACCCUUGUCCUUAUUUACAAGGGAGUUUAAUAUGUAAUGACGGCGAACCCUGUGAAAGCGUUAAUUAAAAAAAAGGACCUUCGUUUCUCCUAAGUUUUUCACCAGAGGCUCGAUGUGUUAAACGUCUCUAACGACGCUAAAUUUUCUCUUUUUUGGAACACAUAAUUCGAAGCAGAAUUGCGAAUAAUUGCCUUUGGAUUUUCUGUUUUCAGUUUGUGCACAAUUAGGUGAUUCCAUGGUAUUAUUUGCGUAGCUCGGGCACCUCAUAAACAAUUUGUUUGACCACCUUCUCGUUGCCGUCCCUUGUAGUGUUCUCCUCUAAAAUAUACGUGGUAAGUAAGAUUCAAAUACUACCUCUACCAUUAUAAAGUCUGUCACAUAUAUUUUGUCCCCUUAGCGUACUUCUGGCCGUGUUAUUCUUGAGGUGGCUCGUCUGAAGCACGGCACCAGUUCUAGGCCGUCCUCCAUGAGCAGUUUACCAAACAUGCAGCCUGGGACCGAAUCUCUGAGCAGCAUGGAAAAUAUCGCGGUUCAAAUCCCACUCGGUGAGUUAAUUGUUGUCAACUAUCUGUGGGCUAAUCAGAACAAAGGAAAAUAACGCAAGGAGCCAAUUAGAUCUCGAAGUGAAAAGAAGCAAGCUGGUCGAAGUGCGAGAAAACGGGAAUGAGCCAAUCACUUUGGUUUUAGUCUUGCAUUUGAUUGGCCGAGAGGGUGUCGUGAGUUUUGUAGACCAAUCACAGGGCGGAGUCCCUAAUGCAAGGUGCGUUCGCUUCGAAGGUAGACUUCAGAUAAGCUUUUGUUGAUUUAUUCUGUUUGUACUUCAGAUUUUGAACAGCAAGAAGUUGGCCCCUCAUCAGGUUCCGGUCUCCCUCCGGUCGGUCUGCCUCCGAGUUCUUCAAUGGUGCAGGAGGCUAUUGAACUAGUUCAGUCUGACGAGGAAGGAGAAGAAAUGUGAGUGAAGUAUUUAAGUCUGGUAAUAAGUAAGUUUUGUUAAAGCUUUGAAGGAUUCACAAAUCAUAAAUUCAGUCGCGGAGAAAAAUGUCCUUCUUGGUGAAUAGUCGUCUUAGCGCUCGCCUCUUUUUGGCGCGCAAGAAUUCUCCGAGGUGCUCACGAAAAUAAUAAACACCAUGUUGCUUAGAAAAUUAAGGUUAAAAAUUGGGAUGCACUCCUACACAAAGUGGUAUGUCCACGAAAGCAAUCAGAUCUCUUUGUUAAGUUUUUUUGGACCUGAUCGUGCAUAACAUUCAAUAGCAUUUGAAUCAUUUUGAACUAUCUUCCCGCCAACGGAUUCAGUCACAACACGUGAAGAUAUAAGGAAAAGAUUUUGCGCGAUGAGGAAGCUUCCAGCCCAAACUAUGGCACCUUGGUUUUCCACAUUGCAUUUUUGUCAACCUUCCUCACCGAACACCUCUACUUUGUUUCAAAUUAAUUGUUUGAACUUGCUGUCUUGUUUUGUUUUGUUUUGUUUCUUUUUCCAGGCCACUAGAAGCGAAGAUUAUUGAAUUAGAACGCGGUCCCGAAGGUCUGGGUUUCAGUAUCGUGGGUGGUCAUGGGAGUCCACACGGUGACCUGCCAAUCUACGUCAAAACCGUCUUCCCGACUGGCGCUGCGGCCCGAGAUGGGCGACUCAAACGCGGUGAUCAGAUUAUUGCUGUGAAUGGAGAGAGUCUUGUUGGAGUCGCCCAUGAAUCUGCCGUAGCCAUGCUAAAAAGGACCAAAGGACGAAUUAUUCUCACAGUACUUUCGUAAGCACUAAGACUAGAGUUACAAAGUGACCUUCGUGUUUCUAAGUGCAACUUAAAAGAGCUACGUCGCCAAAAAAGAAAAAAAAAUAGUUCGCACUCUCAAAGGACAUAAAAUAAUAACUCGUUCAGAGAGAGAGAAAAUAUUACCUUGGUAAGAUAGAAAAACAUACAAGAGGCAAAUAUAACCAAGGAGGAAAAAGGAUGGCAAACGCUUAGGAAGGUUGGAAAGGAUUGCAAAUGAUAAACAUGAAGAAUUCAGGAGACACUCAGUGGCCUGACGUAGCUCUUUUAAUGACGUGCCCAUGCUUUUUUCGAUGUGGUCAGUAACACGUCAGUAACUACUUUUAAUUAAAGUGAAAACUUUGUUGGCUUUUUCACAACAACUGUAUAGUCUUCGUUUUGUUACCUAAGGAUGAAUUGUAAGAUUUUUUUCAAGCUGAAAAUUCAAUUUUCGCAGAUUUAAUAAUCAUAUUGCUUAACUGUUUAUCAAGAUUUUUUUUGCAUAUAAUUCUUUUCUACAUCAUUAACAGAUGAAGACGCACGCCCAAUGACUACGUGUUUCGUAAACAAUUAUUUACUGGGACGGGUUUCUUUUCCUUCGAGAUACAACUUUUCUAGAGAUUACAUUUUGACGUUUUUUCAUUGCAAAAUGCAAUACAUAUUUCUUUAACAUUUUAUUAAAUAAACUUGGGGUUUGGAGUGGGGGGAGUAUGGAAGAAAGAAAUUUUGGGUGUAUCAACUGAGUCCAUAAUGUAAAUUGGCCGCCGAACUAAGUUGUUACAACUAAAUGUUCCUUUAAUAAUUGCUUUUGUAAAAUGAUUCUAAGGACUGCAAAAUUAACGUGUGACGAAGAAAAGAGGCUUGGAGAGGCUUAUUUCUAGUUUUUCCAUUAAAGAGAAUGUAUUGGAGUUCUAAACUGAAUUUCAGUUUUUGUCUUACUUUCUCCUUUGCGAUAAAUCUUGACGGGUUACGCAAAUGCCACUUUGUCACAAAGAAACUAGAGCCAUUUCCGAGUUCCAACCUCCCCCCCCCCCAACCACACCUUAAAACA